AUGGUUGAACAUCCCCCUGUUCUUUCCAAAUAUGCAGAAGCUGCUACCGUCUCAAUUCUCUGUCUUUCACACCUGUUGAUGCAAGCGGCUUUGGGUCAGGUCAUCGCUCCACUCUUGAUUAUCAGUCAAGAAUUCGGAGCUACAGAUGUCGCCGAUUCCAGCUGGUAUGUAGCAGCAUACAGUCUCACCGUCGGAACUUUCAUCCUGAUCGCCGGAAGAUUCGGCGACGCUUAUGGACACCGUCUAAUGAUUCUCAUUGGAUAUGUCUGGUUCGGAAUUUGGUCACUAGUUGCUGGAUUUAGUGUCUAUUCUGGAGAAGUCCUUUUCAUCAUCGCGCGAGCCUUCCAAGGGAUCGGCCCAGCCAUUCUACUUCCGAACUCCCUAGCGAUCCUUGCGCAUCUAUUUCCUCCAGGGCUGAGAAAAAAUGUAGCUUUUAGCCUUUUUGCUGCAGCUGCCCCCAAUGGGUACCUACUGGGGUGUCUCUUCUCCAGUAUCUUUGCGCAACUUGUCUGGUGGCCUUGGGCGUUCUGGGUUCUCGGAAUUGUCUGUUUCGCAGUGGCCUUGCUCGUCUUGGUGAUCAUCCCACCUCAGCUACCCGAUAAGGAAUCCCGACCAGGCUUGGAUCAACUGGAUCUACUCGGUGUUUUUACUGGUGUUAUUGGAUUGGUCCUCGUCAACUUUGCGUGGAACCAAGGAGCAGUUGUUGGCUGGUCCACGCCCUACACGUACAGCUUGCUCAUUGUCGGGCUCGCAUUCCUCUUCCUGUUUGCUUGGCUAGAGACACGAAGCUUGCACCCAGUCGUCCCCACCCAGACAUUGAAUGUUGACACUAUCUUUGUGCUGACAUGCAUCGCAUGUGGCUGGUCCAGCUUCGGUAUAUGGCUGUUCUACGCCUGGCAGAUGUCGGAGCGGAUUCUUGGAUAUACUCCGCUCACCGUCGUGGCGCACUUUACUCCGGUGGGGAUAUCGGGUGUCCUUGCAGCUUUCUCCGUUGCCUAUCUAAUUGGAAGACUCGGUCCAUAUUGCAUUAUGCCAAUGUCUAUGGCAUCAUUUUUACUAGGUUCAAUCCUGUUCGCCACGGCCCCUCGACAUCAGACGUACUGGGCACAGGCAUUUGUCUCGAUUAUUGUCAUGCCUUGGGGUAUGGAUCUAUCAUACCCUUCCGCUACAAUUCUCUUGAGCAAUGCCACACCCCAUAGCCACCAGGGUAUUGCCGCCUCGUUGAUGAAUACAGUUGUCAACUAUUCUAUCUCAAUUGGACUCGGCAUUGCCGCUACUGUUGAAUCCAAUAUAAGCUCAGAUGGAAAGGACAUUUUCAGAGGAAUAAGGGGUGCACAGUAUGUAAGCGUCGGUCUGGCAGGAAUGGGUCUGCUAGUCUCUUUAGCUUACGUAUUUGUGAGUAUGACUCGGGGCAAAUCUCGUAACCCGGAUGUUCAGAUGGAUGAUUCUACUUCUGAUAGCUUGGAACCGUAG